AUGGAAAACCAAUUUGAACUUGAGAAUGCCAAUUGGUAUUAUUAUAUAUAACUUGCAGUAAAUCCGAAGUAAUUCUUGAGAAAUGUUUAACAAUGAUGCGUCCAGAAGGACUUGAACAGUUUCAUUUCCGAAUUGAAGAGUAGUUUUAUAAAAUCAAAGUAGAAGUUAAACUUAUUGAUUUACGAAAAAGAGGGUGAUGAUAUAUAGAAAAUGAUUGCAUAUUGGAUUCAAGAACAUUAAUAAAGGAAUGUAAUUAUAAUUUAAGAAUAAAGAGAGACUAAUUAUUCCAUAUUUUGUGGAGCACGAGAACUAGAAUCAUUAUUAUGCCAUUUCUUUUAAUUGAUCUGUGAAUAACAUCAACUAUACAUUUUAACUAAAUUAAGAGUAUUUCUAUUGUAUAAAUAGGCUGUUUUUAAUAUCACAUAAAAGUUGAAUUAGAGAGUGAAAAAUUAAAAUAGUAUUUUGAAUAUUGGUUGGAUUUGUGUUCAAGAGAACUUGAUGAUUAGUUGUACAGUGAUUGUAAUGUAGCAAACAAACGAGUAUAUUAUAUAGUAGAUUGAGUGUCAUUAUGUUAUUCAAGGCAUAGAUAGGUUUUACUGUGGUGGAGAAGUUCGAGCAUCAUCUUGGUUACCAAAAAUACUACCAGAAAAUAUAAAACUUAUCUCGUCAGCCAGAUUAGUGAACAAAGCUUAUGAAUAUUAUUUGUCUAUUGGGAAUCCCAUCAUUCCUAUGCAAAUGCUCAAUAGAUUAUUCUAGUGAGAAUGAAAGUAUUGAAAUCUGGUAUCUAAUCAAGAAUAAUUCACCUAUUCGUACUGCAAUCAUGCAUGUUCCAGAAUAAUUGCGUGCAAUUAAAUUUCUCAAAAUCAUUUACCUCUUCUCAGUAACUCUGGAAGAAUACUUAUAGUUAAUUUUGGAAGUGUUAUCAGAAGCAGAAAGUAUUCUAAUAACUUAUUAAAUAAUAAAUAGAAUUUCAAACUGAAAUCGAUUUUUUUGCUAUUCUUGGGAAUUAGUUUUGUACUAAUGAUCCAAUAGCUUCUUCCAUCUUUUGUGUUCUUUCAUAUGUUAAUAAAGGUAUCUCAAUAGAUGAAAUGAUGGCCAGUUGUUCAUGCACUCAAGAACAAUUGAUAAAAGUUUAUGAUUUCUUCAAAGUAAUUUUAACGAUUCAUUAUUAUUUAAUAGAUUUGUUUCCUAGAGAAGAAUCAAGUCUACUCGAUCUCUAUACAUACUAUGAGAUAAGCAAUCUAAUAAAUCUAAUUUAAUAAAAACCUGAAUGAGUAAUUCUUAUAAAUUAUUGAACAUUCACCCAACUCCACUAGAAAAUUGGAAGAACUCAUUUAAUAAUAGGCUAAAAAUAAAAAGUUCUUUAAACUCAAAGAAAUAAUUAUUAAUAUCGAGCAUUUCCUAAUUCUCUAGAAUCCUUAUAAUAAUUUUGAAUUAUGUUAAUAAUGGGAUAUGCUUGAACAAAAUGGAUAUGAUUUGGUUAUGGAAUAUAAUAAAGCAUUAGAGAAUUUCUAGGCCAUCUAUUAACCUUCAACUGAAGGACUCUUCUUCAUUAUGUAUAAAAUUUGCAUCUUUCUGAGAGAAUUCUCCAAUUUCGAGAAGUACUUUUCAAAUUGGUUAUUAAAUAGAGACCGCACACCUUCUUAUAAAAAUCCAUUAUUGAGAGGUUAAUCAAUAGAAUUUAAAGAAGUAGGAUUAGAUGGAGAUUUAAGUUCAUUAAAGAUGUUGUCUAAAUAGAAACCAAAGUAAAAACCCAUUGAUGAUUAUUUCCCAACAUUAAUAAGUACUAAUUAGAGAAUCUAAAUUUAGGCAUUAAGAAUAAUCGAGAUAGCUUUAUUAAUUAUUAUUAAUUUGAUCCUAACAUUUUAUAAGAAUAAAUACAAACCAAAUAAGACUUUUUAAGAGAGAAAUUGAUAUCCAUUUCUAAAGGGCCAAAUCCCUAUUAAUAUAAGAGAUGGUUAUGGGUUCAAUUUCCAUGGCUGGCCUUAAAAUAAAAGAAUAAUUUCUCCAAACUUAUGCAAUUCUACGGGAAAGACUCUACUUAAUAUAUGUCAAUUCAGGAAGAAAUAUAUAUUAAUCCAAAGGCAAUCAGAUUGGUUAUCAAUGCCAAGAGUUCCAAGGACAAGUCCAUAUAAAAAUUACCAGAAAUCAGACACCGCUAUUAUAGUCCAAACAUAAACAAAGAUGAACCAGUUAAAAGAUUUAAUCAAGCUUUAGGAAAAAGCAUUGACAGAACACCUUCACCUUCAACUGGAAGAAAAAUUUUGCCCGAGAGCAAAAAGAAAGUGUUAUAUAGCUAAUAGUUGAAGAACAGAUUAAAGGAAUUAUAAAAAAUUAAAUAAAAUCUAUAUCCUCAAGAGGCCAUGAAUGAAACUUAUAGAUUGAAUGAUUUAACAAUGACACAGGGAGAUGAAUUGAAAAAGCAGAUGGAUAAUUUAUAGGGAGUUUAGAAUGAAAUGAAAAGAAUGCAGUCAGUUUUAAAAUUAUGUCAAUUCAAUUAAGAUUAGAAUGAAGAAAGAGUGUAACAACUAUUCAGACAUUGUAAGAAAUCGGAUAGUGAUGAAUGAAUACAAAUAAAUAAUAAAGGAAUUAAGCGAGAAAUUAAAUAUAUAUAAGCAGAAGAACAAGAUUGAACCCAUUAAAUAAUAAUAAUAAAAGCAACCUAUUUCUAAAUA